CAUUGCCUUUCCAUGGUAUCCCCAUAACCUGACGCUGUCAUGUCAACGAACUGAUGAACUUGGCGGUUUCAUUAGUAGGUAACUUAGAUAAAAAAAACUCAAAAAAUGCCUCCCAAAAAGCGCGAUAAAGAUGGGGAGACGAACAAAAACAACAAAAUUGAUCAUUUGCAGGCUGACCAUGAGUUAUUCUUACAGGCAUUUGAAAAGCCUACACAGAUAUAUAGAUUUCUUAGAACACGGAAUAUGCUUUCGCCGAUAUUCCUGAAUAGAACACUAUCUUAUAUGAAAAGGAGGAUGUCUAGAAGUAAUAAAAGUCGUGUAGGCUUUAAAGUGGACUCCCUGUUGGAAAAAAUAACUCUGAAAAAGAGUACUGAACUGCAACCAAACAGUCUGGGUGGCUACAUGACACUGACAUUUCUAGGUUUCUAUGACAAAAGCCUAGAGGAUCCUCGAGACUAUCAAGUGAAAGUAGAAACUUUAUUGUUAAAGAUUUGUCAUAAAAAGAGAAAGGAAAGCUCUUCAGCUAUUGUUGAAGUGUCUGUAGGCAGUUGUUCAGUCCCACUUAAUCCAUCAACAUCAGAGCCUCCAGCAAUGGCUUCUGCUGUCAGUAUCUCCAGUGACACUUUUAGCCCCUCUCAAGGACCGAAUGUAAAGUCAUAUAUGCUGAUGCUGAGAGUUACGGUCACAAGAGCAUCAGCAACUACAACCACAAAUGGCAACACAAGUACUGCGGAAAUUACUAACGGUGAUUGUGAUGAACCAGUAACAAAACGUCUCAAGUCCACAGACCACUUAUCUGAUGGCAAAUGGACUAAGUUAUACGGUAGUGAGCUGAUAGUGUAUGACAAACACAAUAGAUGUCUGCUGACUAAUGGUGAAUAUGACUUGGUGCUGCAUGAUGCUGCACCUGGGGGCAGGAGCGCCACUAUCGCUCGGUCCCCACACAAAGCACUAAUGGCACAGUGGGAGACCAUACCAAAUGAAAAUGAUCUACAAACGGAAACAAACCCAUUUGACGUAUUCAAAGUGAGACCAUUAUUAAAACUAAAACUAAGUUGGAGCCAAGAACCUACUAAUGGAUUAGUGAAUAGACCAAAACUAUAUCAACAGACCAGUGAAAAUGGUAUGAAGAAAGACUCUGGCUCUAGUAAAGAUAGAUCAUCAUCACAGAAAUGUGGUACUGAUAAAAAUAGUGAUAAACCGAAAACAGAUGCAGGCGAGGGUGAAUCAAGACGACAACAGAUAAUAUACCAGUUCCUGUACAAUAACAACUCGCGACAGCAGACAGAGGCGUGCGACGAUCUACACUGCCCCUGGUGCUCGCUAGACUGCGGUACCCUGUACUCAUUGCUAAAGCAUCUUAAGCUAUGCCAUUCAAGAUUCAACUUCACUUAUUUUCCAAUACCGGGCGGUGCUCGCAUCGAUGUAUCGAUCAACGAACUGUACGACGGGUCGUACACAGGCUCGCCACACGACCUGAUCGCGUCGCAGGGCACGGUGGGCGGCGCGCCGGCGGGGGGCAGUGCGAGUGGUGCGAGUGGCGCGAGCGGUACGAGUGGUGCGAGCGGUGCAAGUGGCACGGGUGGGGCGCGCGCGGGCCCGGCGCGGCGCACGUCCCUGACGCACGUGCUGGUGUGCAGGCCGCGCGCGCGCCGCCGCACGCCUGCGCACAGCCUCGCAGAGUUCCUCGAGCUGGAUGAUGCCGAUGUCGCUGAUGCGCAACGACCCUACCUUACCGGACAUAAUAGACUAUAUCACCAUACAAUCACAUGCUUGCCUGUUUACCCUAACGAGUUAGACAUAGACUCGGAAAGUGAGACAGACCCACUGUGGCUCCAGCAGAAGACUAUGAUGAUGAUCGACGAGUUCACAGAUGUGAAUGAAGGAGAGAAGGAACUAAUGAAGAUGUGGAACUUGCACGUGAUGAAGUACAACUAUGUAGGAGACUGCCAGAUACCCCUUGCUUGCCAAAUGUUCCUCCAGAUGAGAGGUAAGGAAUUAUUAGAGAAGAAUUUAUACAGAAAUUUUAUCCUACACAUGUGUUCGUUGCACGACUUCGGGCUAAUCAGUCCCGUCGCGCUAUACCAGACUGUACAAAUGCUCAACCAAAUGCUGGCGGACAACGCCGAGGCCAAAGAGAAAAUGCGUGACUCGUUGAAAGCCCAGCGGGAACAUUGGAACGCGGUCGGCAAGUACCACCAGCCCGCGCUCACCGAACAGAAGCCGCCCACCACCACUGCCAAACUCAACAGCGUGGAAGCGUCACCCUCCGUCCGCCGGAAAACGUCGAAUUUACAAAACGCCAACAGAAUGGCCAGCACCAGCUCCAACUUUAACAAGUCCUCGAGCCCCGGUCCUAGCCAUGUCGAGUCCAAGCGGAAGAUGUCCUCCGGCAGCAUACAGAGUCGCAAACGCUCGUCUAUAUCAGAACGAAAAAGUUCCGUAUAGCGAAUAUUUUCUUAGUGUCUAAACAAUUGUUGACUCGUCCCCCAUUUCGAGGCUCUAAAGUACAACCAGGAUGUUAUUUAUCGUCACAUUUCUGGGUAGGUCGCGGCUAUUCAGUAGAAUAUAUGUUGAGUUUUUAAAUGUUUCUUCUACUUCGCAUAUGAAUUUUUGUUUUUAUAGUCAACCUCAAGCGGUUGUAUAAUGUAUUCAUGGUCACAGUAAAGAUGAAAUGAAAAUCAGAAUUUAAUGAAUUGGAAUACGCGUGAUAAUAUCCAAAAAUGUUUAAAGUAUUUUGCAUGUAUCGUGCCUAGUUCUAACAUCGGCGCCAUAUCAAACCAUUGUCGUGUGUAAUGUGAGUUGUGUGUCCCGCGGUUAGGUAACUUCGUUCUCUGCCCUAACGUUUAGUUGUAAGUGUAUGGAUGUCCAUUAAAUGGAUGACAAUAGUUAAGUUACUAAAUUAUAAUGUAUUUUAUUUUGCCUAUUAUUCUGACAUUAGAUCUCGGCUACGUUUUUUUUUUUUUUUUUUUUCACAUUUUAAUGAAUGUGUUUACUGCCUCGAUUCUCUUUUACUGUGAUUUUUCAAUGCGACUUUUAGCAAUAUUACACGUAGUUUAAUGAUCUAUGAUACAACCGCGUCAGUUCGAGUAUCAUCGCACCAACAAAUAGCAAUAGUAUUGAUGAUAUAUUUUUAUACUGUACACACUAUUUUGUACCAGUGAUUAUUGUAACCGUACGCAUUAUCCGUAGAGGUGAUUAGCGUUGCUUCUGAGAACAAAUUUAGUCGACGUUAUCGAUUUUUUAUACAAUGUUUUAAUUCGUGAAUAGGUUAGUAAAAUAAUUUAGAUUUGAUGCACGGAUCGACCCUAAUGUGCUAUCUAUCAUAUGAUAUUAUAUAAUGACGUGCAAUGCGAAAGUCUCGGGACUUUUUGAAUGUGCAAUUAUCUCAUAUUUUAGUUAGCACCUGCAAAGUUCAUGCCGUGUUACUAUCAAAGUACGUCUAGUUUAAUUAUUUAAUUAGAUAAAUCAAUUUCAGUAUAUUCUGAGUGUAUCAUGAAGUAUGAAUGUGUUGAUAAAUUCAUUGGAAUCUUUAUAAAGACUGCAGGGUGUUGUUAUUGCCUUAACAAAAUGUCUUCAAUUUACUGUUUUAGUACGAUUCAAAUUGCUUCAACGUGUAGGGUUUUUGUCGUAAUCACAAACAAAUACUCUUUUGCAACGUAAGCCCAUAAACUAGACUGUUACUCUAUACUGUAACAAUGGUAUGUGUAUUUAUACCAUUCGGUUUUUGUCUAAUUAGUUUUAUGUUAACGUUAAAACCACGAUUUUGCAGUGCUAAUAAUAAUUUGUUAUAUUUUUAAUUGUUCCAUUUUGAGUAAUUUCCAGUAAAUUGUACUUAUGAAAUGAAAUAUAACAUCUAUUUUCCAACA